GUCUCGUGCUCGAGCUGCCAGAGUCAACUCCACUGAUUUUAUUUCCUCAAUACCCUACGCUUUCCCCUGAUUAUGAUCCUCUUCUUUAUGCCCCUCCACAGUUUCAAGAUCCACAAAUGAAACAGGCAAGCUUCCUGCUGCCCACCCUUGCAUUACCCAUUUCUCCGAUGAUAAGCCUCAUGUGCGUCCUCUUCUUUUCCUUUCUUGCCACAAAAUCCUUAGGUGCGGUCGUCGACCCACGCUUCCUAGCGUGCAGUGUCCCCAAAGCCUGUGGCGAUGGCCAAAACAUAAAAUUCCCCUUCUACAUCCAAGAUACGCAGGAAAAGUACUAUUGUGGCCAACGUGGAUUCCAGAUCUCUUGCAACCAAAAUGACCAACCCACUAUCAUCAUGGGCGAUAUCAACUACACCAUCCACAAAAUUUUCUACCAAAACGAGACCCUUCGCGUCUCAAACGCUGCCUUUUCUAAUUCAAACACCAGUUGUUUUCCUUCAAUAAAAAACAUACCCUCUUCUCUUGUCCGAUUUGAGCUAGUGCCAAAACAAAGCAAUCUAAGUCUGUUCUAUAAUUGCAGCAAUUCUUCGCUGCUUCACAGUUAUGAUUUACAGUCUUAUGCCGGUUGUGAUGGGGAAAACGUUGUGGCCCUGUCUGAAGACGACCCGAAGCUGGGGAACGUAUCAAAGGAGUGCACGACUCGGGUGGUAGCACCCGUUGAAGCUUACGGGGGUGAGAGUGAUGGGAUUAGAGGGGCCCUGGAAAAUGGGUUUCGGCUGAAAUGGAAGGCCUCCAACUGCAGCAUUUGUGAGAAUAGCGGAGGGUUUUGUGGGUUCGUGUUCGACGACGACAACAUUAACUACAGUAACCAGUGCUUCUGCGCCGAUGGAGCUCAUUAUGUCGGCUGUAAAAAUCCUGGGAGUAACCAAAAGAAACGGGCGAUAGCAUUAGCCGCUUUAUCUGCUGGAGUUGGAGUUGUGAUGAUUGUAAUCUGCUGCUGCUUUCGGAGAAAGUUCUCAUUCAAUAAAAUUAUUUAUUUUUGGAAGAAGGAAACUCUAAACCAUCAGACUAUCGAAGCCUUUCUAAGGAACCAUGGACCUAUUGCUAUUAGAAGAUACAAUUAUUCAGAUAUCAAGAAAAUGACCAAUUUCUUUAGAGAUAAAUUAGGCGAAGGGGGCUAUGGUGGCGUCUACAAGGGACAGUUACUAGAUAGUUGUCUCGUAGCAGUGAAGGUUCUGAAAGAAGCAAGAGGUAAUGGAGAGGAAUUCAUUAACGAAGUUGCAAGCAUUAGUAGGACCUCCCAUGUCAACAUUGUCUCUCUUAUGGGCUUUUGCUUUGAGGGUUUUAAAAGAGCUCUCAUCUAUGAGUUUAUGCCAAAUGGAUCUCUAGAGAAGUUCAUAUAUAAAGAAAGUCCCUCGAAGGCUGAUCGACAAUUAGAAUGGGAAACAUUAUACAAGAUUGCACUUGGCAUUGCUCAAGGAUUAUAGUACUUACAUAAAGGUUGCAACACACGAAUCUUGCAUUUUGACAUAAAGCCUCACAAUAUUCUGUUGGAUGAGAACUUUUGCCCAAAGAUUUCUGAUUUUGGCCUUGCAAAAAUAUGCCCUAGAGAAAAGAGUAUCAUAUCAAUGUUGGAUGCGAGAGGGACUGCGGGAUACAUAGCUCCAGAAGUAUUUUGUAGAAAUUUUGGAGGGGUCUCUCACAAGUCAGAUGUUUAUAGCUACGGAAUGAUGGUUUUUGAAAUGGGUGGAGGAAGAAGGAAUAUAGAUGUCGAGAUUGAUCGUACCAGUGAAAUAUUUUUUCCGCAUUGGAUUUACAAGCGACUUGAACAAGAUGAAGAUCUAGGUCUGCAGGGCCUUAUGAAUGAAGAGGAUCACGAAAGUGCAAGGAAGAUGAUAAUAGUAAGUUUGUGGUGCAUCCAGACUGACCCUUCAAGCCGGCCAUCGAUGAGUAGAGUUAUUAAUUUGUUGGAAGGGAGUCUGGAAUCCUUGGAAGUACCACCCAAGCCUUACUUGUCUUCGCCAUCAAGAUCGCCAGAAGAUUAUUCAACAACAAUGAGCUCUCUACAGUAUGAUUCUGUAAUGCCCUAAAAUGCAUUUUAAUUUCUUUAAAAGGAAACUUUAAUGUUGAGUCGUAACUAGUAUUGUUUGUGAAUUGCAUCAA